UCUUUCAGGUAGCACGUGGAAGAGUAAAUUCCACUUAGCGAAUCUUAAUCGUCGCGUACGAAUUUAUCGAGCACAUGUGCCCAGAGGAAGCAUGAGAAAAAUGCUUAUCAGUCUCUUAAUAAUAACUGUUACAAUUCUUUCAACGAAUGGGUAUCCAUCGAAUCCAGUUGAUUAUGAACAGAUAGCAUUUCAAGUUCCUGUGGAUCAACAAUUCGUCCAACAAACCGCGGACGUAAAUUAUUUCGAUGUCGAUGACUCGCAGUCAACAUCGUUGUUGGACCAAACGACAGAUUUUACCAUUAGCUGUUCAGGGCGAGAUAGAAUCUGUACCAGAAAGAGUGAUUGUCUUAAUGGUUACAUUCAUGUCGCUAACAAUGUUACUGACUUCCUAGUGCACAAGGAACAAGCAUGCAAAGUUCAAGAUGAAGUCUGUUGUCACGUUAUCGUUGACCUUCCUCCAAUCGACUCCCCAAGAAUCGAAACAUCUAGUCAGGGUUCAAGAGGUGUUGUCCACGAACCUGUAUUCGUGAAACAAAAUCCUGUAGUAAUCCAUCACAAUGUACCAGAAUCCUUUGGCGAUUCUAUAAACUCACAAGUAGUGUCGGUACCUGGUGGACCAAUUGUCGAGCAGAUUCCUACAGGUGUUCUCACAAUCCCGACACACGUGCAGCUUGGUUGCGCGGCAGCUCUCCUUUGCGUGGGGGAACAGUUUUGUACUGUGGACGGUACAAUUAGUCCGGAACCUGUUUCUUUGACAAGUAGACAACUAUUGCAACGAGUACCGCUGAGUUCGUGCAAGCAUCCCGAAACUGGAAUAAUCGGCAAAUGUUGCCGGGAUCCGAAUUACGUGGAUCCUUGGCCAGCAACAAAUCUCCCUGCGAAUUACAGCGGCGGUUUCGACGAGCAAGGUUUCCCGACAUUUUUGAACAUUGCAAGAGUACGACCAGUCGUAACGACACCACAGCCUAUUAUACAAACGCCCCGCCCUGAACCAACGAAACAAACAGCGAUACAAUGGGAAAAUUCGAACAUUUCCACGAAAAUUUUGGUCCCGCCACCGGAAACUUCGGUGGAAACUAAAAAUGCGGUAGACGGGACGAAUGUCGUUGAAGUAAAAGCGAAGUGCGGUGUCAGACACAGGAAUCCAGAGAUAAGCGAUUCUCGGACCGUUUUCGGAGAAAUCCCGUGGCAGGCAAUGGUUCUGCAUUCCAAGGAUAAAAAAAUUCUCUGUUCCGGUGCUCUCGUUAGUGCUCAUGAUGUAUUGACAGCGGCCAACUGCGUUGAUAGUAUGGUGCCAAAUGACUUGUCGAUCAAGUUGGGGGAAUGGAAGCUAGGAUAUGAAUUGAAGCACGAGGAACCGCUUCCUUACGAAAUUCUUAAUGUAUCGUACAUCAACAUACAUCCUGGUUAUACGAAAGGUGUCGGGGAUCACGACCUCGCGGUUUUGCGCCUCGAAAAACCUGCCGUCCUCGAUUACCACGUGAAUCCUCUCUGUUUACCCCAAACAAAUCAAUUGCAAGAGAAAAAGUCGUGUAUCGCCACAGGUUGGGGAAAAUCUAUCCUUCAAGCGCAUUAUACUGGGGCAAUUAUGCAUGCGGUGGACAUGAAUAUACUUUCGACGAACUUCUGCAAGGAGCAAUUAUUAAGUGCAAACGCGAACCCGGAUGCAGCGAACGGGAUCAUUUGCACUGCACCGAAAGAAGAUAUUAAUAAUGUUUGCGAAGUUGACGUUGGUGGGCCUCUUGCUUGCAAAAACGAACAAGGAUAUUACGAAUUGAUUGGAAUUUACAGUCAAGACACGGGAUGCGUCGCAUCGAAUCAAGUUGCAAUUUUCGCUCUGUUUGACGAUAGAUGGGUGAAGGAUACUAUGUUGACGAAAUACUUUGAACAAUCAUUUUCGACGGAAACGGAUGAAAUAAAUAGAGGGGUGGUAAUAUCCGAUACCUACAGAGACAGUAUUUUAUCCGAAGAUAAUCAGUACCUACCUCCGAAUUGAAAAUCAAUCGGACAAUCUGUUUUCGUUGCUUAUUUAUUAUAUUGUCAUUAUUGACAAAAACAACAGAAAUUACUUCUAAGAAAUGAUUCAUUUUUACUUGUACAAUUAAAACAACUUCUGUUUAUUUUGUACAAUUCUUUAAUGAUGAUGAUAAUACACAUUUUGUAAUUUUAGAAAAAAAUGAUCAAAUAAACCAUGUUGAUCAAGAUAAAGUACUUUUUUUAUAUAGGUUGAUCUUUCAGAACAUGUUAUAUUAUCAUUAAAAUGACUAAUGAUAUGUAUACAAAUAAACAAGCAAAAAUAAAUAUAUAAUAU